AUGUGGUGUUUGUGUGGUUUUUCUAUCAUUUUUACUCGUUCCCGCUUAUUUUUCUACUUCCUUCUUGAUUUCCUCACUCAAUCUGAGCAUUUUACCCUAGACGGAUUUUGGGUUAAAAACGUACCCCUGGGAGUUGAGCGUCUUUGUUCGUUGGGUGUCAGCGGCAGAUUGUGUAGUCGCUCCUUAAUUUCUGAUCUUUAUAAUCGCCAUUUCACAAAUAGUUUCCCCUUUCUUUAUUUACUUUUUGAAAACAAAUCGUUUGGCUCACCGAAACUGCAGCGCGCCAGCGUAAAAAAAUGUCGCGUGCAGUGUCAUAGGCCGCGGUCCAUAUUUUUUUAA